CCGGCUUACAUCAAACGUCCAUAUGAUGACCAUACAAGCAAUGCCCGCAGGGCGCCAUCGAUCACUUACUGAUUCCAAUAUCCAUUCAUCUGAUUUGGAGCGUGACCAAAGGCAUGAAAGAACACAAAAACUGUAAAGAAAGUUUCGUUGGGGUAUUUAUGCUAAUGAGCAGAGUCAAAGGUCACUGGAAAAUCGAAGAGAAACUUGAUAUCAAGGGAGUUUGACAAAUUAAUGUCAGGCGGACCCACACAGACCAGGCAACAUGUUGAGGAUAAUAAUUGUAGCCUGCCUCAUGGUUACGGUAGCUGGCGUCAAUAGUGGAUACGGAUCGAGUGGUGGCUCCUACGGGUACGGCGGCAGUGGCGGCUAUGGAUACGGCGGCAGUGGUGGCUAUGGAUACGGCGGCAGUGGUGGCUAUGGAUACGGCGGCAGUGGUGGCUAUGGAUACGGUGGCAAGGGUGGAUACGGUGGCUACGGUGGCAAGGGUGGUUACAGCGGAUACAGUGGCUACGGAAAAGGCGGUGGACAGAAAAAGGGUGGAGUGGAUUACCUCUCUCAAACAUUCAUCCCUUUGUCUAGCCCUUCCCUUCCCGACUUUACGCUUACUGGACGUGAUUCAGGCUCUAAACUCGGCUCUGGACUUGGUCUUCUUGCUGCCUUUGGAGCUUUCGCAAUUCUGUUUGCUUUGACGAGAAACUGAUCAAAACAACCCGAUUUGUUGGUGGAUUUCAAAGCUACACAAGAAAACUAACAACCAAAAACGAUCAUCAGCAAAACAUUACCAGCUCACGGUUUCUAUCGGCAGUUACAAGUCAUGUAGUGCCCUAGAAAUUCUCCCUCCAGCUACCCUGCCUUUCGGACAGUAUCAAGUUCAACCCCGUUACAAUUCGAAAACUUUUAUGAAAUGCAGUCGAACAGCCAACUGCCAUAUCAAAUUGUUUCGUCCUUUCAAGCCACGUCUGGUUUCCUGUUCCUGUCUAAUUCGACAUUCAGUUACUACAUAUUCACAUACCAGAAGAUGUAGAACCUUGAAAUUUAGUGGCUCUCCACUUCGAGCAAGUAAGAAGAUGGCUGCCGCAGACUCUCAGCUGAGCCUGCGCACCGCGUCUAGACAUUAUUCUUCCGCGAUG